GCGAUAUUUAUAAGUUAUGAUAGUAGAAAGUAGUGUAAUGUGUUGUUAGUAUUAUUGUAAUUUGUAGAAAACAUUUAAAUUAUAUUAUAAUAUAUUUUACCAAAUACCAAAUUUUAAUUUUAUCUAAACUCAAUGUCGUAAUAGAAUAUCAGCAAAAAUGGUUGCGAAUUACACAAAUGAUAACGAUGCCAGUGACUCUGAAUCUGUGUCGAGUUCAUCAUCUGCAAUUAGCAGCAACCAGUCUUCUAGAUCUGCGUCGCCUGCACCGCGAGCUCAUACUCCGUCAGGAUCGGAACCACCGUCGCCUGGAUCGAGAUCUCGUUCUAGAAGUCAUUCGGGAUCAGCGUCUCCUCCUAGAAGUCCGUCUAAAUCCCCCUUGGCAUCUCGUUCACAAUCACCGGUUAGCAGAGCUUCUAGUAUUGCUUCGCCUGUGUCUGCCACGUCAGGUCGUUCACCAUCGCCGGCAGCCUCUGUAACGUCAGUUCAGUCUGCGGCAAGUAACAAAAGUGAUACAUCUCAUGCCAGCCAUUCGACUAAUCGCAGUCGUGCGUCCUCGACCAAAAGCAAUAAGUCUAAAUAUAGUUCUGCCAGCCAAAAGAGUGUCGCUUCUAAAAAAUCACAUUCGCCAUCCCCAGAAGUGCAAAAAACCCUACGAGAAGACUCCGAUAGUGAUGGAUCCAUGAUAGGUAGAAAAAAACGUAAGCCAGUAAGGAAAAGUUCCAGCGUUUCAGGUGAUGAAUCAUCUGGUAAAGAAGACAAAGCAAAACAUAGUGGUUCUGAUGUUGCUUCAGUGCAAUCACCAAAGGAAAAUGACCUGUUUGGAGAUGCAGACGAUAUUAGUUCUGACGAAGAGCAACCAAAAACACCUAAGCCGGUAAGUGAUGAUGACGAUGAUAAUGAUCAUGAAAGAGAUCGUGAAAAGAGUGAUGAUGAUGAAAGAAGGAGUGAUGAGGAAGAAAACGAUAAAGCUGACGAUGAAAAAGAUAAAGAAGCCGAAGAACCCAUACCAGAAAGACGGAUAGCUGUUGAAAUACCAAAAAUAUCUGUAGAUCUUGGUAACGAUUUACAUUUCGUAAAGUUACCUAAUUUUUUAUCAGUCGAAACUAGACCAUAUGACAGAGACACGUACGAAGACGAAAUCGAUGAAGAAGAAACGUUAGACGAAGAAGGACGAGCCAGGGUAAAGCUAAAAGUUGAAAACACUAUAAGAUGGCGAGAAGUUUUCGAUAAAGAUGGUAACGUAGUUAAAGAAAGCAAUGCACGAGUUAUUAAAUGGUCCGAUGGUAGUAUGUCGUUACAUUUGGGGUCAGAAAUCUUUGACGUCUACAAACAGCCACUUGUGGGCGACCACAAUCAUUUAUUCAUUCGUCAAGGUACGGGUUUACAGGGUCAAGCAGUGUUCCGAACUAAACUCUCGUUCCGACCUCAUUCGACAGAGUCUUUCACUCACCGUAAAAUAACAUUGUCGCUAGCUGAUAGGUCACAAAAGACGUCCGGCAUUAAAGUAUUAUCUCAGGUCGGCGCCGACCCAGACGCUAACAGAUACGAAAAAAUAAAAAGAGAAGAAGAAAAAUUGCGUCAAUCAAUGCGUAAAGAAACUAAAGUCAAAAGAGCCAGAGAACGAGGGGCCAACAGUAAUCUUAGUUCGUCUUACUUGGAACCAGAAAGAGAAGAUGGAUCUGAUGAUGAAAAUGCCAUAUCUUUGUCUGCUAUUAAAAACAAAUUCAACAAAAAAGCAGCAAAUACGUCAAAGAUUAACAAGAGUAACAUCUAUUCAUCUGAAGACGAUAGCUCAGACAUGGACACUAAGAAAAAAAGACAAUCCAGAGUGAUGUCCGAUUCUGAAGAAGAUUAAAACAACGUGUUAUUACAUCGGUUUU